ACUAUAGUUUGUGAAAUAACUAAAACAACUCCCUGCAUCUCCUCUUAAAUAUGACCAUAAAUUUAUGAUAUUCACUGAAAGGACUAUUUAAUACUAAAUGCGUAAAAUUUUGAAAAAGCAUAAAAAUGUGCUCGAAUUUUAAAUAUUUUUUGGUUUUUCUUGUUUUAAGCGUGAUUUUUAACUCCUCGGUGUAUUGUCAAAAUGAAGAGGAAAUGGACACUCCUCAGAGUUAUGAUUUAGUGAAUUGGAUACAAAAAACUGUGGAUUACGUUGGGAAAUCAGAAAAAUUGGAUCACAUGUCUGAAGAUGAUAUUAAAUUGUUAAAUGGACUUCCAAAUUUUGUUCUGCCGCUUCCUUUCAGUCGGAUGUUACGUGAAGUGCUUUCGGAAUCUGAAUCAAGCAAAUGUGGACAAGAUUUAGAUUAUGUUUUUGAGAAUAUUUUUAGUCCCGGAGGCUGGUCAAUGAAAAUGCUGGAUUCUUAUGGAAAACCUGAGAGUGGAAUUUUAUUGGGGAAUCUGAGAUGGCUUGGAGACUAUGACGAAUGCGUUGGAAUUUAUGCUCCUGCCAAAGGCAAUCAAGAGAAUAUCACUGUUGGGAAUUUUCAUGGAAGAUACUGUACCCUUCAAGUUCCUUUAAUAUUGGGAAAUGUGUCAUUGCCUUUGUCUUUGGCAGCCUGCCUGCCAGAUUCUUGUAAUACAAAGAAGAACCAGAAAAGUGAUGCACCAGAGAUUUUAAACUCAGCUGGUUCUUUCAUGAAUUUCGGAUCGUUUUUUGGUAAUGCCACCAUAACGUGCAAAUCUACUUCAAGAAAACUUACUGCUGGAGCUGUUAUUGUAGCAUUAAUUUUAGCUCUAAUUAUUUUUCUGGCCGUGUUAGGAAGUUCAAUAACUGCGUUUGAAUACUACACAAAUGCAAAUGCUCCUGCAGAAUCUAGUGACGCAUCACACACGUCUAUUGAACUUACCACCAACGGAGAAGUAAAAAAUACGGUUCAGGAUACUGGCACCAAGAUACAAAUCACAUUGCCAGACUGGUUAGAAAAAUUGAAGCCGUUUUUAAAUUGCUUCUGCAUUUUUACUAAUGGCGAAAAAUUACUGAAUACUGAUAAUUCCGAAGGGCAGCUUCCUUGCCUUCAUGGAAUUCGGUUUCUGAGUAUGACGUGGAUUAUCCUGUGCCACACUUACUUAUCUGCAGCACUAGUUAUAAAAAAUGCUUUUGACUUUGCUAAAUAUAUCGACCACUGGAUCUUUCAAAUAAUUCUGAAUGGCUUCUUUUCUGUUGACUCCUUCUUUCUACUCAGCGGAUUCUUAGUGGCCUACGUAUUCUUCAAGCAGGCCGAUAAGACUGAUGGCAAAAUUCCAUGGCUUUACUUUUACAUCCAUCGAUACGUAAGACUCACAAUCGUAUAUUUUAUGAUUAUACUUAUCCACACUUUCAUUUUGCCAUAUGUGGGUUCUGGCCCUCUAUGGCCCGACGAUGCUGCUGAUAAAUUCUGUAGAAAGAACUGGUGGUGGAAUUUGCUUUAUAUCAAUAAUUUCGUACCGCAAGGUGAACAGUGCUUUCCCGUGGCUUGGUAUCUGGCGAAUGAUAUGCAGUUUUAUAUUAUCAGCCCCUUGUUCUUAAUUACAUUGUGGAGAUGGCCAAAAAUUGGAUACUCAAUGCUGGGAGCCUUCUUUUCUAUCACAUUUAUCGCAAAUUUCGUUCUUACUCUUGAAUACAACCUGAUCGCCGGUUUGGGCAACAUCAUUGAAUAUUCAAACGAUAUCUUGGGUUUUCAAAACAAAAUUAACGAGUUUUUCAACAAGAUAUAUUUCAAACCUUACGCAAGAAUUGGUCCUUACUUGGUUGGAAUAUUGCUCGCAUAUUAUUUGCAUAAAAGGAAAAAGGAGAAUGCCGAUAAGCUCAGCCGGAUUCAUUUAACAGUGGGUUGGAUAGUUGCAUCAGGAUUAACGCUGACUUGUCAGUUUGGCCUCUACCAUCAGCGCCUCACUCCAGUUGGAGCCUCAUUUUACAACGCUUUUAGCCGCACGAUUUUUGGCUUUGGCUUGGCAUGGGUCAUUUUUGUAUGCAUUGAAGGUCAAGCGAAUAUUGUAAACCGUAUUCUUUCUUGGAAGCCAUGGAUUCCAUUGAGUCGCUUAACAUUUUGCGCCUAUCUGAUCCAUCCGAUUGUACAGACAGCCUAUUACAAUUCUCUGAGAACGUUGAUUUUGUUUAAUCAUAAUAAUAUGUUUAUGAUGUAUAUGGGAUUCCUCAUCAUUUCUUAUGCCUUUUCUCUGGUAGUGUCUUUAUUAUUAGAAUCUCCUGUGAUAAGACUAGAGAGACUUCUUCGAAAUAAGUUUACAUCAAAAUGAUUAACUAUUGAAUCACAGUUUUAAAAAGAGUUGAUUACUUUCCAAUGUCUUACUAGGAUUUCAAAAAUAAAAGAAGACAAUAUUGUUAUUCUAAACUCAUUUAUAUCAGUGAUUGAUUAUUUAUAUAUUAAUUUGUUUCCAUAGUUGUUUUUGGUCUAAAUUCCAGAAUUUU